AUGUAUUACUUAAUUAUGUUGAAAAUUGAGAGCGUGACAACUGGGCCGAAGAAACAAGUAGUGAACGUUCGCCAGGGGCAAGAAGGCCAGGGCAGUUCAGGCCAAAUGACCAACAAGGGUCGACCUCCGCAGCACCCUCAGCCACAGUCAUGGCAACAAACGAAGAGAGAACCAUGGCCAGACGAGUACGUGGCCGAACAUACGGCAUUCACCGAACCUAUCUACAAACUCCUAAACAUCAUUGAAGAGCUCGCAGCAGCUGGGCAUCUAAAUCAGUGGAUUGACGUUCGGCGAAAUCCACUUCCUCCACCUCCACCGAUCAUCGGCAAUCUCGUAAACGUUAUACAAGGACUGGUUUCCGAAGACAGGGCAGUCGAGCUUCGUUCAGAAAUUGACAGAGCCAUCACCUCUUUACCCGUUUGCAACGUCGGCAUUUCGGGAAAGCGACAAUGGGAAGAUCCGAGCCUCGGCAACCCUAUUACUUUUACGUCUGACGACUUGAAAGGUGUGCAACUCCCUCAUACGGAUGCCCUCGUUAUUACUGUUACUAUUGAUAGGUCAACCGUUCAGCGGGUGUUGAUAGAUCAAGGAAGCUCGGCGGACAUAAUGUUUUAUUCAACAUUUCAGAGCCUCGGAUUAUCUCCCGCUCAACUUCGGACAGCAUCCACUCCUCUCAUCAGUUUUACUGGAGCCCUGAUUUGGCCACUCGGCUUAAUCUCUCUCUCUGUGCGGGCUGGAUCAUGGGCUCUUGAGAUCGAGUUUGUGGUGGUCGCUUCUCCCAGCCCAUACAACGUAAUACUCGGCCGAACCUAG